AUGACUCUGGUUGAUGUGGAAAAAUAUGUAAAUGUACUCACUGAUGAGUCCCUCUCAGACCUAUUAGAAUUGGCAGGAAAGAACAAGGAGGAUAUAUCAGAGGCACGCCUCCUCCUACAUUAUCUGAUAGUUCUGGCUAAUGAGAAGGGACAACCCCAAGGUCAGGAUCUACUUGAGGCACCGGGAACAUCUACAGAAGCACAGGACGACAUCACACAAGAAAACACUUACGUACGUAAUAAUGAUGAACCACCAAACAAAAGGUCAAAAUCUUGGUCCGGCUCACUGGAGGCAAGAAUUGCGUUUUUGGAAAGCUCCACAUCACCAAAGGUUUCCGACAUUAAAGAGAGGGUAAGGAUACUUUGCCUUCAACCAGAACCAAGUAAUUCCUUAAUCCUUCUCACAUUAGAGGAACUUGCAAAAGCAGCCAGGAGUGCUAACCAUGAGGAGUCAGGUCUAUACGAGGAACUUUUGAGACAAGUUCAUAGACUUCAGUCUAAGGUCUGCCUUCCAAAGCUCUGUCUAUCUGUCUUAGGGGGGAAUGAGUCUGACAAGAUAUCAAAAGCUAUUGCCAAGUGUAUGAAGGAUGUCAUAGACACAGCCAAAGAAUCAAAGAAAGAGGCACCACUGGUAGGGAAAACACAAACCACUCUGUCGCCAUUGGACAACUUGUAUGUCACAUUACCCCCACCAGGGGCAGACCUGGCCCCUAUGCCUUUUCCCCUGCAACAACAUCCUAAUCCUAUGUAUGGAUCUUAUCAGGGUUAUGUUCAGCAAGGGUAUGGUCAGCAAGGGUAUGGUCAAGGGUAUAGAAAUUAUAGGAGGGGUGGUUUUAGGCACCCUGGGCAACGCCCUAGAGGAGCAUGCCUGGUUUGUGACAGUACAGCCCACCAGGUCCGAGAUUGUCCAAAAGUAAAAGAGUUCAGGCAAAAGUAGUACUUGGAAGAUUGCAAAUUUACAACAAAUGUUCAUAUGUUUACAGUGUCAAAUUAUUUUUUACCAGAAAGCAACUGGUUUGAUAAAACUGUUUACUUAAUUAAUACUCAAUAAUUAAGAUACUUUUGGUUUAUAUAUGACCAAUUGUGAUGUAUAAUUGAAAUGAUCAUGAUGCUUGUAGUCCUACAGGGAGAUAUAGAUGCAUUGUACUAACAUUAUACUAGAGUUAUAUAUUGUCUUCUUAGUAAACUAUUAUAAAUAGGUUAGCUUGUAAGUUAUAAUGGUACUUCCUCCUCUGCUGUCCAAAGGACACUGACGCCUUAGUGAGUUACACUCACGUGGGUAGCGGACGAGGGGGU